GUAGACAAUAAUAAGAUUACUAACCUUAGCAAUAUACCACGAAAGGAAAUAUUUAACCAUAAAUUUUUAAGCAGGAUUUUUCAUCUUUCCUAAAUAAGCCUAACCUAAUAUUAUAUUCUUAUUGCAAUUUUAGUUGAUUAUUAUUGGUUUGGUUUUAUUAUACUAUAUGGUGUUUAACAUUGCUCAUUUUGCUCUGUGGGGAGACUAACAGCGGUCUUGUUAAUAUCACUGACUAUAUCACUUUUGAAGGAAUUUAUCAUUUGCUGGAGAAAAUGAGGGAAGAAUUUCCUCCAGUAUGUGUUAUUCGUCCUUAUCGUAAAGGAGAUGAAGUAACUAUUCAGGAAAUUAUGACAGAGGCGACCAUGGAGACGGUGGGUGAGUUCUUCUGGGCCGCUGUAAUGUCCGAAGUAUUUCCCCAGGUGGCUCUUUUGGCAAUUGCUGUUUCCUUCAUUGGACUUGGAAUCCCAUUUUACUUCUGUCUCUUUGGUAUUCCAGUGGCCAUCAUUAUUAUAUAUGUGGUGAUAUGGUCAGCACAUUCGUUUAAGGCUAUGGAACUCCAUGAAGAUUUGAAUAAUAUUACACGAAUAUAUAUGCAAUAUCCUGAUACUGGAUUCUGGGUGGCAGAAGUGCUUGAAGUUAGUGAGGCAAACGAACUUAACAUGUUGAUGAAUAAAACUAAAAAGGUGGAGUAUGAAUUCCUGACAGAAGCACAGCUGGAGGCUAAAGACAUAGAUCUUGAGGGGCAAAGACGACACAUUGUUGGUACAGUGGCUAUCACUAAAUCAUUACGAGGAGGCUCGAAAGCUUGGCUGAGGCGUAUGGCUGUAAAAAAAAUGUACAGGCGGCGUGGAAUUGCCAUGGGGCUUUUGGAUGAGGUCAUCCAGUUCUGCACUGAUCGCUGCUAUGAAGAAAUUGAACUUAUUACAACAGAGUGUCACUAUAAGGCUCGGGAAUUGUAUUACAAGCGAGGUUUUGAAGCCCGACACACCUACUUCAAAUACUACUUAAAUGUCCAGCAGCCCAUGUAUUUGUUCAGCUUGCCUUUAAAACCACCUGAAGCAGAACUUUCUGAAAUUUCAGCUUCUUAAUUUGUUUUAGGUAUGUAUUAGUUGGAACACUUGAGAAAAGGAAGUAAAAAGGAAUAGUGUAUGAGAGACUGUUUGGUAUUGUUAUUAUGCUGUCAAAAAAAUAACUAUGAUCUAAUAAGGACUCAUUAGUAUUUUAAAUACUUUGUUUACACAUACAGUAGUUUACUUUGACCAAGAAAAAAAUUAUUUUUAAGUGACUUUACAAAAUUAUGUUGGUCAUGGUAUAGAAUUAGCUAAAUACCUAACACAAUUAGGUGAAGUGACUUGAAAGGACAACAUCAAGAGUAAUUCACAAGUACAAGUGGAAAAUAUCCAAGUGUUAUAAGACAUUAGUGUGCAUUGUUGUGUAUCAAAGGUUUAGUUUUAUACAGUAAUGCAUUGACCUUUUCACCGGUUGCUUGUGCAGUCCAAAUCCUACCUGUAGACCUGCCAAUGACAUUUUCCAAAGUGCAUAGAUUUUUUCUUUUACUAUUUACAGGUAUAUAUUUUUUUUUUAUUAGUUAAAAGGAUAAACUAUCUGGCUAAGUGUUAAAAGAACAAAUAGUUGUAUAAAUGAUAUGGAUGGCUAAAAAUGAGUGUAUAAAGAUAAUAUCUUACGUACCAGAUCCCUGCAUGACUGGUCUAGCCAUUGUGAGCAGUCAGGGUCACAGGAGACAUCUUGCUCCCCAUGACCCGUGUAGUAACGCAGAUAGUGUCAUUGGCCAGCUAAAGGGCUAACAGCUUGACCUGGGGUGCAUCCUUGCAUAAAAAUAAGGGUGUAUGCGCUGUAUAUACAAUAUAUAAUGUACAACUUUUAAUGAGGAGGCAUUGUUGAAGGGAAUAUCUUCAAGAAAUUGAACACCAUAAGAAAGGCCCAGAGGACUCUUAAGUCAACAUCUUACCCCUGUGUGUGGUCAAACUGUCGGUGAACUAGCUGUUCUAUUCACUCACUCUGAGGAUUUAUUUUUUGCUUAUUUAAGAUGUCUUACCUCUUUUCCAUUCAAUAUGAACAUUUUGUAACAGUUUGGAUAACCUGCUGUACUAAUUAAGGACUUUUAGUUGUUAAUUUUCUGUGUAGAGAACAGCCUCUCUCCUAAGUCCAAACAAAUCGCCCAUUUUUUUAAAUAUUCGAGGACGUAAGUCCGAAGAAGAAUCCUGAACAUUGGGUUACUCUGACAAAUGGGUUCCUCAAAGUUGCUAUUUGAGUUUGACGAAUCUAUUUUUUGGCUUACACAAAAAUAGCCCAAUGUUUGGGAUUCUUCUUUUGAUGUUUAAAAAAAACGAGUGAUUCUUUCUGUCAAUUAUGUAUGAAUUAUACGAGGAAGAGGAAUGGUGUAAAACACACUAGUUUGGCAUUUGAUGUAUGGCAUUGUUAUCUCAAAAUUCAGUAGUAUGUUGCUUGUUCUAUACAGUAUUUUUCUAGGUGUUGGGUGAAUUUGUUUUGAUCUCCAUAUCAUGUGGAUUAGUAUAAUAUUGUUGAUCUGACUGUGGCAGUUAUUAUACUUUAAGACUGCUGGA